CCCUGUACUCCUCUCUGCUGCUCCCCUUCCAGGUGCCCGUUAGAAGUUUCUGCUCGGGGACUUCUGGAGACGCUCGUCCUUUGCAGCCACCAUGGUUCGCAGCAGCAUCUGCAGGGUUGCCCUGCUGGUUCUCUUCAGCCUCUUGAUAGUCUUCGUCCACACAGAAACGGUGGACUCCGCCCUAACAAUCCGGGACCACCAGGACACCAUGUCUGGAGAUCCCCCCAGUGACGUCACCACCAAAGAGCCCUCCAAGGAAGUGACUGAGUCCUUCACCUUUGACUAUACAGACACCACCCUGGAUGAGAGUGAAGGCAUUCUGGGGCCAGGGGCCAUCACCGCCAUAGUUAUAGCCGUCUUCCUGGGAGCGUCGGUCCUCCUCGCCCUGAUUGUCAUCACACUCAGGAAGCUCACGGCCUCCUAGAGUGAAAGCAUUUCACUUUGUAUGUAUACAUGUGUGUGUGUGUGGGUUUGUGAGUGUGUGGGUGUCAGUGUACAGCCUGAGUGUUGGUGUAGCAGUCUUUUCCCCGCCCCGUCUGUCUCAACUCUAAGCCUGUCCCUCAUACUUCCUUUAGAGACGAGUUGCUUUACUUUAGAAACUAAAGAUUGUGGCAGGUCCCCUCACUGGCAAUAAAUUGUUACACCAUCCAAUUUUUGUCCAACAUGAAGAAAUAUUGAAAACUGGCUGGUUCUUCCAGUACAAUCGCUGCAUGAUAUUAUUGAUCAUCUUCUUACUUUUUCUUGUCAAAGAUUUUGCAUCCAUGUAUCUUUCUUUCUUUGUUUUUAUUCUACCUAUCAUCCUGCAUAUUGUUGCUAGAACUUUAAUAACCAUUGCAUGUGUUUUGUUAAUCUUCAGGUCACUAAGAAAGAUAUUUUUACCUAUGCAUCAAGUUUAUUUUAUUACACUUCUACCAUGAUUUUACCUUUUUCUAAAACAGUUUUCACUGGCAUUACCUGUGAAUAACUUUAGGGGGUUGCAUUAUAGCAUUUCUAAACAUUUGUAGAGUUAAAAUAAGAAAAGAAAGCAACAUUUUCUAUUAGUUUGGUUGUUUGUAUUUACAACAAAUAUGAAAGCAGAGCUUGGAUAAAUAUGUGUUUGCACUCAAAUCAGUGAGUUUUGUUAUUUGUUUUCUAUUUGUCAUUUGGAUAUGUUAAGUGAAAAGUUUCAGUAAGUCUGUUUCCUCUUUUUACUCUGUGACUCAUAGCUCUCAACCGACAACCAUGAGGCUCAUGGUUGUCUGAUGUCAUUUUCCCCAGUUUCUGAUAAAUAAACAAAUCAAAUGCCAAA